UCUGAGUCUGUCACCAUUAUUUUCGUCGCUUUUUCUGCAAAAAAUAUCCUCUCUCAGAAAAUCCAUUUCCCACGUUCACUGAGUUCCCUUAAUUUUAUCUGCAAAAAUUUGAACCCAAAUCAGAGUUUAAAAACAAAGUAGUUCUGGUUUUGAACAUUAGAGAUGGAACAGGAGAAAAUGGUAACAGAUGAUGUCAUCAAUGGCGGACUACAAACAGUGAAAGAAGAGCCAGUACUAUUUCUUGAUGAAGAAGAUGACAUUAUUAGCUCACUACUGCCAAAGCCAUUGGAGGGGUUACGUGAUAUGGGUCCACCACCAUUUUUGAAGAAAACAUUUGAAUUGGUGGAUGAUCCUAAUACUGACUCUAUAAUCUCUUGGAGUAAUACCAAAACCAGCUUUGUUGUUUGGGAUCCUCAUAAGUUCUCUAUCGAUCUUUUGCCUAAACAUUUUAAGCAUAAUAACUUCUCUAGCUUCAUUCGCCAGCUUAAUACCUACCGUUUCAGGAAGAUUGAUUCAGACAGAUGGGAAUUUGCAAAUGAGGGAUUUCAGAAAGGGAAGAAGCAUUUGCUGAUAAAUAUAAAGAGGAGAAAGCAGCAGUAUACUCAUCAAGGAUCAGGAUCAGCACAAUCAUGGCUUGGUUCUUGCAAUAAGGAUGGGAUUGAGGCUGAAUUAGAGAAGCUGAAAAAGGAUCAAAACACAUUGAAAAUGGAAGUCCAGAGUCUAAAACAACAACAAGAGAGCACAGAAAGCUACUUAGCUACUGUUAAAGAGAGGUUACAGAAUAGUGAGACUAGGCAAAAGUAUAUGGUUAUCUUUAUGGCAAAAGCAUUCAAGAAUCCUCUCUUUGUUCAACAUUUGAUUGAGAAGAUUAAACAGAGGAAGACUUUAGACAAUGGUACUGUUACAAAAAAGAGGAGAUUGGCUAAUACUCAAUGUGAUGGACAGAGUCUUCAAGUUCAAGAGGAAUUCACAACAAUUAAGCCUGAAAUACAAACACUGUUCUCCUCUGAUGAAUCAAACAGUCCUGCGGACGAACAGAAAAGGAAUAGCCAAGACAUGUCAUCUGAGAAUUAUAUAUUGUGGGAGAAGCUAAUGGAAGAUGAUAUGAUAUAUGAGAAUGGAGCAGAAAAUGAUAAACAUCACAGUGAUAUUGUUCUUGAACUCGAGGAUUUGAUUGCAAGUUAGAGAGUUUGUUGAGCAAGUUAGCUGUCCUGGUUCAGCACUAAAAGAUAAUUGGUAUAGCUCUGCUUUCAUUGUUGUUGCAUUUUUUGUUCUGGCUUUUCGAUAAUGCUGUGACUGUUUUUCUUGGGUCGAGGAUAUAUCAGAAACAAUAUCUCUACCUUUACAAGGCUAGAGGAGGGCAAAUAAGGAAGCAGCUUUUUUGAAGAGAUGUUUAAUUCUCUUUCAACUGCACAGGAGCCAAAAUCAAGAAAGUGGGAUGGUGUUUAGAUUAUGUGUUUAUUGUCAGUCUUUAUCAGUUAGUGACUAACAAUGUACAAAGUUUAUAUAGCAAAAAUAGAAGAUGCAAACAUUAAGGUGGUUUUUGUUGUUCUUAGGUGGUUGUUUAGUAGGUGCACAGGAGAUGUAGGCUUGUUAACCAUAUUGCUCUGUUCUACUCUGCUUUUAACAUUAAUGCUGUUUCUCAGCUUUGAUGUUUAAAAUGGUUGCCUCAUGAAUCCGAAUGAAAAGGGUUGGUCUCUAAGCAGUGGCGGAGUUAGGUGGGCGGAAGGGGUUAAGCUGAGUCUCUUUUGUCAAAAAUUACAUUGUGUAUCAUAUAUAUUAGAUGUUAAAUUUCCUUA